GUCAGCAUCCCACAGCACCCCACCCCAGCCUGCAGCUCGGAGAUUCUCCCCGCCCUCUCUUCUGUGUUGUCCCAUGAGCCUCAUGUGGAGGUAGACACAGAUAUUCCCUCUGGUUGAGCACUCACAGUGACUAGUUAACAAGUCUCAAAAUUAACCACUACCCUCUACAACAAGAAGCUUCUUUGACCAAGAUUGAGAGCAUCACAUAUACAUGAAUAUAAAAACAAAAGUAUUUAGGAGGCAGUUUUACAUUAUAGCUAUUUAACAAAACAAAACUCAGAGAUUAUUUCCCAGGGCUUAAGACUUUAGUAGCCAGGGGAUUUGAUCAUGUUCACAGCCCCAGGCAUAAAUUUCCUUCUAUAGAGCAAGCCUCAACUCCAGCUGAGAACAGUUGGGUUAGCCUAUGACAGUCUUGCCACAAUUGCACCAGGAGGCACAUUUUGCCUGGCAUUGUAGCAUGUGGGGAUGAAUGCUGGGUAAAACCAUUGAUAAAGGACUUUUACCGUGUACCUGUCAUAUCCUCACUUCUGGUGAGGUUGCAGACACGCUCAGAAUCUGAGUUUUUAGUGGUGGGAAGGCAUAAGACUGGGAACUGUUGAAGAUGUUAUAGUUGGAGCCAGUGAGGAUGACAACUACAUCUUGUUGGAGAUUUUGGCCUGGAAAGGUGUUCUUCCGUACUGUUUUGAUGCUGUAUCUGUCACAGCCAAUAAAGCAUUCUUAGAUGAGUGUGGUUUUGUUUUUGUUUUUGUUUCUCUCAGGUUCAUUCUUGUCGGUCUAGGGAGAUAAGGUAUAAGCUGACAGGUGUAGCUGCUCAAAGCUGGUUAAACAUUAACUCAGCUGUCACCACAGCCCAGAGCAGCAAGCGCCCCAAAGCCAAGUUUCAGACCUGCCUGGUGUUCCUAGACUAAGGAGUGAGCAGCAGACAUGGCUCACUUUGCACAGGUCAUGGCUGAAGUGGGCGACUUUGGUCGCUUCCAGGUACAGGUGACCAUCCUGAUGGGCAUCCCCAACUUCCUGUCUGCAUUCUUCGUGUUUAGUCAGAUCUUCAUGGUCCUUGAUGAGGCUCACCACUGUUCAGUGUCGUGGGUCAAGAACCACACUUUCAACCUAAGUGCUGCUGAGCAGCUGGCAGUCAGCAUCCCCAACGACACGGCAGGCAGACCUGAGUCCUGCCUCAUGUUCCGGCCCCCUCCUGACAACGCCAGCCUGCAAGACGUCCUCAGCCACCGCUUCAAUGAGACCCAGGCCUGUGACUCAGGCUGGGACUAUCCUGAGAACAGGCCUCAGUCCCUGAAGAAUGAGUUUGACCUGGUGUGUGAUCGGAAGAACCUGAAGAGGACUUCACAGUCAGUGUUCAUGGCUGGACUCCUCGUUGGUGCUCUCGUCUUUGGGCCCGUCUGCGAUUGGAUUGGCCGAAGAGCCAGUAUUCUGCUGCAGCUGUUUGUGUCAGGCCUCAUAGGCGUGGCCACAGCCUUCGUGCCCAGCUUUGAGCUCUACAUGGUUCUGUGCUUUAUGUCGGCUACUGCUGUCGCUGGAUAUAUGAUGAGCACCAUGAUCUUUGUUUCAGAAUGGGUGGGGCCGUCCUGGAGAACAAAAGCCAUGGUCCUGGCCCAGAGCAGCUUUGCCAUUGGACUGAUGGUGCUAGCAGGCCUGGCCUAUGGUGUCCGCAACUGGAGACUCCUUCAGCUAAUAGGCACCACACCAGUCUUCUUGCUUGUCUUCUACUUCUGGGUUUUGCCAGAAUCUCCACGGUGGCUCCUCUCCCAAGGAAAGAUAGAGGAGGCCAAACAGCUGGUCCAGAAGGCGGCUUCAGUGAACAGGCGGCCACUUUCUGCAGAGCUCCUGAGCCAGCUGGUCCCUGAGAAGACAGGCCCCUCGGGGAAUGCCCUGGAUCUUUUCAGACACCCCCGUCUCAGGAAGGUGACCCUGAUUCUCAUUGCUGUCUGGUUUGUGGACAGUCUGGUGUACUAUGGCCUCAGCUUCCAAGUGGGGGACUUUGGCCUUGACAUCUACCUGACACAGCUAAUAUUUGGGGCAGUGGAGUUGCCUGCCCGCUAUUCCAGCAUCUUCAUGAUGGAGAAGCUGGGUCGCAAGUGGAGCCAGUUAGGUUCUCUGACUCUGGCGGGCGUCAUGUGCGUCGUCAUCAUCUUCAUCCCAGCAGGUCUCCCCACGGUGGUCACUGUGCUAGCCGUGGUGGGGAAGUUUGCCUCAUCUGCUGCCUUCACCAUAUCCUAUGUGUACACUGCUGAGCUCUUUCCCACCAUCAUCAGGCAAACAGGCAUGGGGUUGGUGAGCAUCUUCUCCAGGAUUGGUGGCAUCAUCUCACCGCUUGUGAUGCUGCUGGAACAGUACCACAGGGCACUCCCCAUGCUCAUCUUUGGCAGCCUCCCAAUCGGAGCAGGCCUACUGUGUGCUCUGCUGCCUGAGACACGGGGCCAGACGCUGAAGGACACCAUCCAGGACCUGGAGCAGGGGUGCCCCCCACGGUGAGCAUUGGCUUCUGGACCUCACAUUAGGAUCCUUCUCCCUAGAGCCAGGUCUUCCCAUCACCAUUAUUGCUUACUUGGCAACAUAGUGCCCCUUCGUGCCACAGAUUCAUGUUGUAGGUCAUUUUCUUCCUCCUGGACCACUGCUGACUUCUUUCUUCUCUUGCAGAUCUUAAGUGGCACAGUCUCCUGAGAAAGAAAUGGUGGUUAAAGGAAGAAGUUCUAUCCUCAGGGUUCCCAUCGGCCAUCCUCCUCCUUCCAACUGUGGUUGUUAAGGGCUUGUUCAUUUACAGCAACAGAUCACACAGUGGAUACCUCUUGGGCCUGUUUUGAGGGAGAGACAAGACCAGCUUUUUGGUCAGAACCAGCCUCUCUCUCUCUCUCUGAAGUAUUGCCCAGUACCAUGUUUGAAUUAAGAUCCUGGGUGUGUCUUUGUCUUUGCCUCUUGGAUUGUGUCUGUGCCAUGUCUUGGUGAGCAGGAUCACAGAGGAAGGAGUGUAUGCAUAUGUAACAUAUCAAUCACAGCACAAGCCAGAGCUUGGGGAAGCACAAGUAACAGUCUUCUCCUUGUUCCCACCUCUUAAACCUCCCACUGGGAUUCACAUUGUCAUACCUGGGCCCAAUGUCAAUGCAAACCCUUGGAGAACACUGUGAAACUAUUUCCAGAGCAUCACAGAUUCUUUGAGAAACUUCCUCCUUCACACUUGGUCACCUUCUCUUGUCAGGGUGGGUGUGAGCAGUGCUGUACCUGUACUCUGUGCAUCCAGUCAUGGCUAUUUCGUACUGUUCUCUUUUGAAAUCAUGGACAAACAUGUUCUUCAGCUUCCUACCAUUACCAUACUAUGCCCCUCUAAUAAAAAGAGUACAUACAGAAAUGGGAAAGUGCAUUUCAAGGCUGAAGCCGUUUACUUCUCUGAGUGAUGUGAUUAUGUAUGUGCCUCCUUCUUGGCAGUGAUUAUCCUGGGAAAAGACUUAAAGGCAUCCUUUAUUGACACAGCCAUAUUGCAAGUGUUUUCCUGUUGCUUUUGGUUUUGUUGUUUGUUUUGUGGUAUGAGCUGUAUUCCCAGACCUGCCUUUGGUGUCUUUGUAGACAUUAUCUUUUCCAUUUCUUAGGUAUUGGAUGUCUGGGGAUAAGUGUUUUCAUUGUGUAAUGUUUAAUUUUCAUUGUCAGCCUGACUGGAUUUGAAUCAUCAUGGAAGAACUAACUGGGUGUGUCUGUGAAGAUGCUUUUAGAAGUCUAACUGAGGAGGAAAACCCUUCCUGAAUGAGGGCAACAUUAUCCCAUUGGCUAAGGCCCUGGGUGAAUAAAUAAAAAUACGGAAGGGAGCUGAGCAGCCGAGUUCAAGUCUCUACUUCCUGCUACAAUGACUUCCCUGCAUUGAUUUCAUGACUCCCUGAAUGGAACUGUACCCUCAAACUGUGAGCCAGAGUAAAUUCUCCCCUCACUUUCUAUGCUGAGUAUUUUGUCACAGCAAUGAGAAGAAUAGCCCAGAAAAUUGGUACCGAGGUUAGGGGCUUUCUGUGACAGACCUGAUCAUGCAAUUCUUAGGCCUUCAGAAAUGGUUUGCAAGAGGAAUACAAGAGUUUGAAACUUUAGGCCAAAGGAUCCCUAAAAUGCUGUAAGCAGAGCUUAAUGGACCAUUCUAGUAGGAGCUUGUAAGACAAAAACAGUAAAAGAAAUUCAGGUAGUCUCAUUCCACUUUCCAAAGGGAAACAAGCACUCCACUGGAAUUGGACUGGAUGCCUUUGAUGACACAUUCUGUCAAAGAGUUUGGCUGCAUUUUAUUCCAUGAGAACUUGAAUGAAGUGGAAUUCAAAACACGUAUGAGAUUCCAGCCAGUACACUAUCAGGCUCUGAUGUGACUAUUGCUUAUGUAUUCAGAUCUGCAGUGUGAGAGAGCAGACAGAUAAGAAAAAUGUGAACUUUGUUGGGAAUGUACUGUGAGCAAUUUGAAGUUGCAGAUAAAGAAAAUGCAGGCAAACCACUAUACUUAAUUUUUAGAGGAAUUGGCACCAUUAAAGAGAAUGUGGAGACAGUAGAAAAGGUAUCUUUAAAGAUAAGCCUCCACCUGUGAAAGGCUGGUAUUUGUGAAAAUAGAGGUUCAUUCAAAGGAAGAGCCUGAACUGAGUGAGAACGGUGUGGAAGGAGUUCCCCUGUUCAAAAACAGCUAAAUAAAGAAAUGAUUUUCCCAGGGUGACCAUACAGAGGCCACUGCAAACUCUUAACUGUCAACCAAGGGUGCUAGGCAACAUCUCAAGCUGGCAACAGGACUUGGCAGCAUCAUAUACAUGGUACUCAUUCUGUAAGCACAAAAGAUAUAGAAGUGAAGGGUCAGGGAUGCUUGCUGCAAGGUUCCAGAAAGCUGCUGAGGCCAAGCAGCAUGUGAUGGGUUUAGAGUCCCUCCAAGGAGACUUUUAGGGAACAUUACAAAUAUCUGUUAAGGUGUAGAAAGCAGACACAAGACAAGAGGCAGCCCAAGUGAGCAGUUUGGGGUAGCGGGCUGGAGCUGCCCCAGGCUGUCAUUGGAGCCCUUCUGAGUGUAUUUA